GGCACAAGAGCAAGACUUGGGACAGCUGGGAAGCAUUGACUUGGAGAAUCUCUUGGGUGAGAAAAAGUGCUGAGAAAACUCACACGGGGCUCUAAUCCUCACCUGGGAAGCAUCCGCUCUGUCAGGACUUCACAACAGAGGCUCUGCUGUGGUCUGAGUAAGAGUCUGAGCAGCUGGAAAUAUGUUUCCCCUUCCGCGCUUGUACCUCAAAAGGGAGCAGUAUGAACCAAUUCAAGCCAUUGUGAAAGAGAUUCAUGGAGAAGAGGCUCCAGAAUUAGACUUGGGAAAGAAGGUUAGCACUCCUCAAGACUUGAUGAUGGAGGAGUUGUCCCUGUCCAUAAACAGGGGGUCGAGGCUGUAUCAACAAAGGCAGAAGAGAGUGCAGCGUUUUGUGCUGGAGAAUCCUACAGGCUACAAAAUUGCCUCCAACAUGGCAGGUGGAGGCUCACACCCAGAAUACAAUGGAAUGGAAACAACCAAAGGAUGGAGGUCUGCUUACUCCACAAAGGGCAAAGAGAACUAUCAGAGUGACAUAAAUCACAUGGAGGCUUCCGGAAAGAGAGCACCUCCCCAAGUACCGCAAAAAACAGACAAAGUCAUGCGGAUGAGCAAAGCCCUGAAUCCCAGUGCAAUUGCUCCAGGUUAUUCUGGACCACUAAAAGAAGUUCCACCAGAGAAAUUUAACCGAACUGCAAUCCCCAAAGGUUAUCGGUCUCCCUGGCGGGAAUUCUUCUGCAAUGCUGAUUACCAGGUAGAUGUGGAAAACCAUUUGUCUGAGCCCAGAAAAGUGAAUAAUUUGGACCUUAGGAAUUUCAACAGGACCCCUACACCAUUUGGUGGGCCAUUACUGAUUGAUGCGUUCCCUGGGUUUGGUGGAAUUGUGCUUCCUGCAGAUGCCAUGAAUGAUGUGGUGCUACUUUCAGAGAGACCCAGCUUCAACAGAACACCUCAAGGAUGGAUACAGGUUAUGCCUGAAUCAGAGGAUCUGUAGAGACUGCUUCAUAAAUUGUAUCUCUUAUCCCAAAAUCAAUGCCUGCUUGACACCCAGUUAUUAACAAAUAAUUGCCAGAAGAGAAAAUUUUUAGUGUAAAAUAGACAAAUCUUCUCACAUCAUGAAAGUAAAAAUAGCAGCUUUGGCUUAUUGCUUAUUGUUAAAUGCUCCCGCCUGGUGCCAUUUUGACUACAAACUGUAACAAACCAUGUAGUUCAUAGUAGGAUGGUUGCUUAAAGCACUGAAACAAGGAGUGGAAGUGAUUAUUACAUCUAAAGAGAAAAAAACCCAAAACAUUUUUAAAAUAAACAUAUAUCUAUGAAUAUGAGAAGAUAUAGUGGUAUAAAAGUAUGCAGGACAUAUAAAGCCUCUCUCUGGUUGUGUUUACCUGCCCUCUCAGAUCUAGAGGCAAGCUGCAGGCCCCUAUUAGAGUGCCAUCUGGCAAGACCCAGGAAAAGAGCUUUUCUCUCAAGGUGACUUGAGAUUAGAUUUGCCCCAACGCUGGUGGCCUUUCAUACAGCUUUCAUGUCCUGGUUAUUCCAGGGAUGGAAUAUAUGACGGAGCCUGUAGAAUGGUUUUAAUGAUGGCAAACCUUGCUACCAUUUACAGAUUUAUUGAGGUGUUAUUUUUCUUUUUUGUGAUCUGCUGAUUGCCACUCAGAUCCAUUUCAUUAGAUGGGUAGCCAUCUAAAUUGAAAUUAAACUUAAAAUAAAAUAAAGCAGGUUGAAAUUAACUGAAUUUCAUGUUGUUGUUGUUUUGAAAAAAAUGAUAGGUCAAAUGUGGAUUUAUGUUUAUGUCUAAUUUAUGUCUAAUUAAACGCCCAGAUUUUUUUUGAGAGAGAGAUCGAAGCUAGAUUGUUUUAAGAGUUGCUAGAAAAUAAAAAAAUAUCACAUCUA